ACACACGAGGAAAGAAGCCAUCAGCGGAGGGGAGAGCGUGUUGAAGAGGAUCUUGGAUGCAGCUGAUGGGAAGGCUGGAAAGGUGGCUGAUGGGCAGGUGAAGUUGAGUCUGGAAAUCCUGGGAUAAAUCCACUGGUCUGAAGUGAACUUUGAGAGUGAAAGACAGAAGAAAACCAGGACAGCUCUCUUGUUUCUUCUGUCAGUGAUCGAUCAUCUGGGGACUACCAUUAGUCAAAUUCAUAAUCUGACUUUAAAUAAGAGACAUAUUUCUAAAUGAAAAAAAAACCAUGCCCACUUUUCAGAGUUUCAGCCUUUGUCACUAAUCUUCGCUCAUAUAAUCAUCUUUGAUUGACAAGCAGUCAGCAGACAUGGCCGAUAACAUCAGCUCCAGAGUCGACACCCCAACCAACAUCUCGCUGAGCUCCAACGUAGCCGUCACCCACUCACUAGAAUACAAGACGGUGUCGGUCUUCCUGGUCCUGCUGGUGUGCGGGGUGGGCAUUGUGGGCAACAUCAUGGUGGUGGUUGUAGUCCUGACCACGCGCCACAUGAGAACACCUACCAACAGUUACCUGGUGAGUCUGGCCAUAGCCGACCUGAUGGUGCUGGUGGCGGCGGGACUGCCGAAUGUGGCGGACAGUCUGACCGGAACAUGGAUCUUUGGAGAUGCUGGAUGCCUGGGAAUUACUUACUUUCAGUACCUGGGAAUUAACGCAUCCUCCUGCUCCAUCACCGCUUUCACUGUGGAAAGGUACAUCGCUAUCUGCCAUCCCAUGAAGGCUAAGACAGUGUGCACGGUGUCCCGCGCCAUCAGGAUCAUUGCAGGGGUUUGGAUCUCAACCUGCAUCUACUGCAUGCAGUGGUUCUUCCUGGUGGACAUUCAGGUCGGACGGGACGGACACCAGUUCUGUGGAUACAAAGUCAAACGGGAGCUCUACCUGCCCAUCUAUCUCAUCGACUUCGCCAUGUUUUACGUCAUCCCACUGCUCCUCGCCAUUGUGCUGUACGCUUUCAUAGCACGCAUCCUCUACCUCAGCCCUCUGCCCAACCAGCCCGACACCAGCGCCACCACGCUACGCAGGAGCUGCCGGGAGUCCUCUCAGACAGUCAGGACGGGACGCCAGGGUCGCCCAAAGAAGGUCCUCUCCCCCAGGAAGCAGGUGACUAAGAUGCUUGCUGUCGUGGUCAUCCUCUUCGCUCUGCUUUGGAUGCCCUACCGGACUUUAGUUUUGAUCAACUCCUUUGUGUCUACGCCCUAUUUGGAUGCCUGGUUUGUUCUGUUUUGUCGGACAUGCAUCUAUGCCAACAGUGCUAUAAAUCCUGUCAUAUACAAUGCAAUGUCUCAGAAGUUUCGCUCAGCAUUUCGUGGACUCUACAGUUGCCAGCGACUGGAUGGAAAUCUGCGGUCCCUGUCAACCAUACAGUCUGGUAUUGGUACCAUCCGAGACCUGCGCCCAAUCCAAGCCCACAGUAAUGGAAGCGAUGGAAAGAGAGCCAUCAUGGGAAUUUCAAUGGAUGUCACGACACAGCAGUAUGAGGAUGAACAUCAGGAGACAGUUAAUGGUAUGGGAGCCGACUGUUACACUGAUGUCAACACAACUGCCAUCGGGGGUGGAAAGGAUCUAGAUGAGACGUCUCCAGCUGGUGAUAACGAGUCUGAUGAGUCCACAAUCCACAACACCACAGAGACAUAAAAACACACAAUCAGCAGGAAAACAUGGAAAUACCUCCAGAUAUAACAAU